GUGUACAAGAGUGAAGUCGAGUCAACACGAGAGGUAGAGAGAAAAGAGGUAGCCUACAUCUUCAUCAGAGACACUUUUACACCUUUGGUUCGAAGAACAGAGAAAUUUGGCUUAGGCUGUAUUUGACCAAGACGGGCUGAAGACCGAAGUGAUAGUCUUCAAAGGGAUUUUGACAUGCUCUGGCCGAAAUCGCCAAAGGAGAAGCCGUGUUACCCUCAGCCCACUGUCAAGAAACUCCUGGAACAGAAGAGGAAGCGAGAGACCUCCUCAGUGUCGCCAACGUGCUCCCUGGUGCCAACCAGCGUAGCCUCCAGCGCUGCCAUCUCAACGCUGGCACCAGUUGAACACUCCUCCGCAGGCACAAGCAGCAGUUUCUCUAAUAUGGGGGCAGUUGGUUGUGAAACAUGGGACCCGACUCUGCACUCCUCCUCUACGCCUCUGCAUCAUGGCAGCACCCUGCCCUCCAUGGGGUUGAACUACUUAUCCAGCCUCACUACAGGGAGCCUCUACAGCCACUGCCACAGCCAGCACCCAGUGGCCAGCUACACCCACCAACCGCUGCAGGACUGCACUGCCCCCAUGCUGACGCAGCAGUUUCCUGAGUGCCAUGUCACCAUGGCCCCCAGCAGCAUGGUUCAUGCUGAGCCGGUGAGCUGGAUGACAGGCCCCAGGCAGCAAAGUGCUUCAGCAGGCCCAGUCCCCUCAGCCGUCCCUGGCCUGGACACCUUCGGCCGACCCAUGGAUGGAAGGACCCUGGAGGAGGCACGCCGGUUCAUCCAGAGGAUGGACUACAGCGCCACCACAUGGCAGGAUGACGACGGUGACACGAUUUUGCAUAUCUACACGGCGAAAGGCCAGCGGGAGAAUGCAUAUGCUGCUGCGGAGAAACUGAAAGAGCUCGGGAAGCUGGACUCAAAGGAACACAAGGGGAAGACCGCACUGCUGGUCGCCGUUACCGCCAACCAGCCCGACAUAGUCCACGAUCUGAUCACUCUCGGCGCUGAUGCCGGUGUGUGUGAUGUCAAAGGUCAAACAGCCCUGCACCUCACUGCUACCUAUGGCUACCCAAGAGUCAUGCAGGUAAUCCUCUCCAUGGGGGGACUGCAACUGGACUUGGAGGCUCGAAAUUUUGAAGGGUUGACCCCGCUGCACUGUGCGGCCAUCUCUCACAGCGCCACCAUGAAGGCCAUGGCGGCCGCAUUCCCCACCUCCGAUCACACGUCUUGGCUGGCCGAGGGUAACGAGAAACUCUACUGCCUGGAGCGCUUGCUGAAUGCUGGCGCAUCCUUACUUAGUCAAGAAAUCAAAAGUAACAAGACGGUUCUUCAUCUCGCUGUGAAAGAGGGAAAUGUGCAAUUGGUGCACUACCUGCUGAGUAUCUGCCCUGCGGACAUGCAGACCAUCAUCAAUAUGAAGGCCCAUGGCCACACUGCUCUCCACAUGGCCGCUGGCCUGCACGGCAGCCCCCACCAGGAGGAGCUGAUCCGACUGCUGCUGCAGCACGGAGCUGACCCUAGCACCCGUAACCUGGAGAACGACCAGCCCGCGCACCUGCUGCAGAGCGGAGACGCAGGCGAGAAGCUCAAGCUUAUUUUGAAGAGGAGGGGCACUUCCUCUCGACGCCGCAUUACUUCCUUACAGGAUCAAGACUGACCUGGACUCCUUUUUCAGUCCCAGCGUACACUUCCUCGGCCUGAAAUGCAGUCCGCUGGGGCCACUGACGGGACAUUGCUGCAAAUAACUCCAAACCAUUUCCCAUCUCAGUUUUCAGAAUUCUGGGAUGUUUUCUAAAUAAUGAAUGCUGACAAUGUCACCUGAAUUGACCCCAGGGACUCCAUGGAAAGGAAGGGGUUGUUAUCUGUAUCCUCGUGUGAGGGUUUUACAUGCAACACACACUUAUUCUACAUCUCUAAUUUAUUCUAGAGUCAGUUUUGUUCAAGAAGAGUACUCAUAACAAGGUAUCAUACUCCAUUCUAUUUAUCUGUGAAGCUAUAGUGCAGGGUUCUAGUCAAAAGCCAAAGCUUUGUUGCCCUGUGGAUUUUGAUAUGUUCUCAAUCUCCUUAUCUUUAUAAGAAAAUAUGAAAUUAUUUCAUUGAGGAUGUUACAUGGGAAAACCUACCAGAAAGACUGUAGCAUACUAACGUCUUAAAACUAUCAAAGCAUUUUAGGGCUUUUGAAGAUUUGAGGCCUUGUGUGUCUCACUCUUCAUGUGUGUUCAUGUGUGUUGUGAUUUCUAUGAAAAUGCCAAAGAAUGUUUCAGAGAAGACCAUUUUUCUGAAUGUCCCCAACAUCAACCACCAACAGCCCCACCCCCCGCCCCUCCUCAUAACAAACUACAUUAGUUCACAGAGAGGGGAGUUGUAUGUCUGUUAGCUCAAAGGACACUGUAUCAGUGUGUGGAAGCUAGCACAUCUUCAGUUGGUAUUUAUUAUCUUGAUUUAUGUGUGUAAUUUAUUUGUGACAUGUCUACAUUAUGCUAUCAAAUGAUCUUCCAGUAGCCUAUAAUAAAAUUAACUGAUAUAAACAGUUAAUGUCUAAAAUAUUCUCACUGAGGACAACAGUUCCACAGUAAUUACUCACAGCGUACUUACUCAGGUUUUACUCAUCGCUGCGUUAAAAGGUCAUUUCAGGUAGACUUCAGCACACAUGUUAUUUUUUCAAUGAGUCACCCAUGGGUAUGAGAAACAUGGAGGUGUCCAUGAUGCGUGCUCAGGGACAGUCAAGCCUUCAGUUCUGUCUCUGACACAGAGAGGGGACUGACUGGUUCAAGUUCAAAGCAAUGAGUACUUUCAUUGUUUAUUGGAAUGUUCACUCAUUUCAAAAUUAGAUAAAUGACAUGCCAGCUCUGGUUUCUUUGAAAUGUAUUUGUUUCAUACUCAGGUAAAUCCCAAAGCUCAGUGAGAGUUUAAUAACUGAACUCCGGGUGUUGUUCAGGAAAAACUUAAUUUGCACUUUUCGAUGGGCUUUGGUUCUAGAUAAAAAAUCUGUUCUUAUUUCGAAUUGAAAAUAAGCAAGUUUUGUUUUACUUAAUGUUCUAAU